AUGAGUCCUCAUCUCUCAACAAUCCUCGCCUCAUUUCUACUCCUGCUCUCAAUCUCUACCGCCGCAGAAAUCCAAGAUUCCUUCCCAAAAUGCGUAGCCAAACACGCCGUUAAAUGUCCUCCUCCAAAAUCCACAUUCAUCACCCCUUCCCAAACCUCGCUCUUCACCUCCCUUUUGAACUCCACGGCCCAAAACCUCCGAUGUCUGCUCCCCUCCAAGCCCAAGCCCAUUCUCAUCUUCACGCCUCUCACCGAAUCCCACGUCCAAAACGCCGUCCUCUGCGCCAAAGCCCUCGGCGUCCACCUCCGCCUGAGAAGCGGCGGCCACGACUACGAAGGCCUCUCCUACACGUCGGAUUUCAAAUCGGCGCCGCCGUUCAUCCUCCUCGACCUCGGAAAGCUCCGCGCCGUCGACGUCGACAUCGGCUCCGAGACGGCGUGGGCGCAGGCCGGCGCCACGAUCGGCGAGCUCUAUUAUAGAAUAUCUGAGAAGAGCAAAACGCACGGCUUCGCCGCCGGCCUCUGCACCAGCCUCGGCGUCGGCGGCCACAUCACCGGCGGCGCGUACGGCCCGAUGAUGAGGAAGUACGGCCUCGGCGCUGAUAACGUGGUCGAUGCGAGAAUAGUCGACGCCAACGGAAACAUCCUCGACAGGAAAUCCAUGGGAGAGGACGCGUUUUGGGCGAUCAGAGGCGGCGGAGGAGGCAGCUUCGGCGUUAUAUUAGCAUGGAAGGUUCGGCUCGUCAAAGUUCCGCCAACAGUGACGGUUUUCACCGCGGCGCGAACGCUGGAACAAGGCGCCACAAAAACGCUAUACAAAUGGCAGCGCAUCGCCGACAAAAUCGACGAGAAUUUAUUCAUGAGAGUACUGAUCAGACCGGCGCCCGCGGCCGCUGGGAAGAAGAGGACGAUAGUGACGGCGUACAACGGGGUGUAUCUCGGCAGCGCGGAGUCGCUUCUCAAAAUCGUGAAAUCCGAGUUUCCGGAGCUGGGGAUGGCGCGGAAGGAGACGGUGGAGAUGAGCUGGAUAGAGUCGGUGGUGUACAUGGGGAGCUUCCCGACGGGGACGGCGCCGGAGACGCUUCUCUCGGGGAAAGCGGCGUUCGUGAACCAUUUCAAGGGGAAGUCGGACUUCGUGAAGGAGGCGGUGGCGGAGGCGGGGCUGGAAGGGCUGUGGAGGGUGAUGGUGGAGGAGGAGUCGCCGUUGGUGAUAUGGAAUCCGUUUGGGGGGAAGAUGAGCCGGAUUCCGGAGGGGAAGAUAGCGUUCCCGCACAGGAAAGGGGUGGUGUUCAUGGCGCAGUAUUUGACGACGUGGAAGAGCGAUAAGGAAGAGGAGGGGAAGAGGUACGAGUGGAUGAACAAGCUAUACGAUUACAUGGCGCAGUACGCGUCGAAGAAUCCGAGGGAGGCGUAUGUUAAUUACAGAGAUGAUGAGAUGGGGAUGAACAGCGUUAACCGCAGCUCGGUUGAUGCAGGGAAAUGGGGGAGUAAGUACUAUAAAUGCAAUUUUGAGAGAUUGGUGCGGGUUAAAUCUAGAGUGGAUCCGCAUGAUUUUUUCUGGCAUGAACAGAGCAUUCCUACCUCCCUACCCAAACACUACUACUAAUUUCAUCAUUUUACUUCUCAAACAGAGCGUUAUUCCUUACUCCUACAUUCAUAUUGAAGAGUUUCGUCUUCGACUCUUCGUGAUGUGA